CAGCUGUACCCAAACUCUCUCUCCUCCCGUGAAAUGGAGUCACUCACUGCCCUCUGUGACACCUUCUUGCCUUCCAUCGACGUCUCCGACACCACCACAAAUGCAUCGCUGGUCGCCUUUUACCGGACUUCGGCUUCCAUGGCAGGAACACCACAACGAGUAGGAGGACUGAUAAGUGAGAGAAUGAAGCACCCAAAGCUAUGGUUGAUGCGAUUGGCGUUGUGGUUUUUGUCCACAUGGAUAGGGAGCUUCAUAUUGUGUGGAAGAGCCAGCCUUUCAAGCCAAUUUCCCUACUUUCAGAGCUUUCCUCAGAUGUCUCAGCAGAAACGGGAAGAAAUAUUAUUGUCAUGGUCUCUUAGUUACUUUUAUCUCCUUAGGAUGUUGUUCAAGAGCAUGAAGCUUCUCACUCUCCUUGUCUUCUUCACUCAGGUGAAUGAGAAGAAUGAGAACCUAUCCUGGAAAGCAAUUGACUACACCGGGCCUGAUCCAGAGUUCAUCACCAAAACCAAGAAAUUCAAAGCAUCAACAACAAUUGGAAGCCAAAGACCCAACAAUGAAGAACAAAAUGCAUGCCCUCACAAAGAAGAGCUGUUUGGACCACUUAACAGAGGCAUUAUCAAUCUGGAUAAACCAAAGGAUUUAGUUGUUGAUGCUCUAAGUACAUUUGGAAUUCCAGCAUCUGUUCUUCACUCUGAAAAAACCGUAAACUGCUCGUCGAAUCCUUCUUUAACCAUCCGAUGCGAUGCAGUAGUGAUCGGUUCGGGGUCAGGAGGUGGUGUUGUUGCAGGUGUUUUAGCAACGGCGGGUUACAAAGUGGUUGUUAUAGAGAAAGGAAACUAUCAUGCCAGGAAGAAUCUUACACUCCUUGAAGGACCCGCAAUGGACCAAAUGUACCUAUCAGGUGGCUUAAUUGCAACUGAUGACAUGGGAGUUUUUGUUCUUGCUGGCUCUACUGUUGGGGGAGGCUCCGCCAUCAACUGGUCCGCUUCGAUUCGAACCCCACAGCACGUAAUCAAGGAAUGGUGCAAUGACCAUGAGCUAGAGCUGUUUGACAGUAAAUUAUACCAAGAAGCUCUGGAUGUUGUCUGUGAAAAAAUGGGAGUUCAAUCUCAAAUACAAGAAGAAGGGUUUAAUAAUGCAAUUUUAAGAAAAGGGUGCCAAGAAUUGGGGUAUCCUGUGAAUAAUAUUCCUCGAAACUCGCCACCGAAUCAUUAUUGUGGUUGGUGUUGUUUUGGUUGCAAGGAUGGAAGGAAGGGAGGUACCACGGAGACGUGGCUUGUGGAUUUGGUGAAUUCUGGUAAUGGUGCUAUUUUGACUGGAUGUGAGGCUAUAAAAGUGCUGCACAAGAGAAAGAAAGGAAGAAGAGAUCGAAACACAGCUACCGGGGUGGCCUUCGAAUUUGAGCAUGGAGGGGGUAAAGAAAUAGGUUUUGUGGAGUCUAAGGUAACUAUUGUUGCUUGCGGAGCUCUUUGUACUCCGAAACUGUUGAAGCGAAGCGGAUUGAAGAACGUAAAUAUUGGGGAAAACUUGCAUUUGCAUCCGGUGGCAAUGGCAUGGGGCUACUUUCCAGACUCACAAGUGUUUGAUGGAAGGCCUGAGAGAGAGAAGAAGAGCUACGAAGGAGGGAUAAUGACAGCAAUGUCUACUGUAGUGGCAGAGUUCAACAAGUCUGGAUAUGGAGCGGUGAUACAAACACCGGCGUUGCACCCAGGUAUGUUCUCGGUUGUGAUGCCUUGGGUUUCAGGCAAAGACAUAAAACAUAGAAUGAGCAGGUUCUCUAGGACUGCCCAUGUAUUUGCAUUGGCAAGAGAUAAAGGGUCAGGAACUGUGAAUGCACCACCAUACUCAAUCAGUUAUGAAAUGGAAGCUCUUGAUGAAAACAAUCUGAAGAUAGGACUAGAGAAGUCACUGAGAAUAUUGGCCGCGGCCGGAGCUGAAGACAUUGGAACCCAUCACUUUAAAGGGAAGGGUUUACAUGUGAAGAAGUCGAAUUUGGAUGAGUUUGAGAGGUUUGUGAAAGAGGAGAGUUCAAGGCCACUAAGAGAGCUUUCUUCCGCAAUAUGUUCAGCACAUCAGAUGGGGAGCUGCAGGAUGGGUGUCGAUUCGAAGCAGUCUGUGUUGAACCAGAUGGGAGAGACAUGGGAGGUGGAGGGACUUUUUGUAGCAGACACAAGUGUCUUCCCAACGGCUUUAGGGGUAAAUCCAAUGGUCACUGUUCAGGCUAUUGCUUACUGCACUUCCCAAUCCAUUCUCCAAGUACUUAGGAGAAAGAAGGUAGAAUAUAAAAACUGAGUUGAUGUCAAGACUGUUGACGUGAGUCUCUUAAUUAAUCAAAGAGAUUUAUUUUCUUAAUUAAUUAAGGGAUUUACUUUCCUAUUCCAUAUAGUUGAUAAAUCAUUGUAUAAUUAGAAGAUACUAUCCUAAUUGAUCACUGUAUCUAUUUCCUUGUAAAGCACUCAUGUAAAC